AUGGAAUUUUCAGAUAUUCUUGAAUCUGAGCAUUCUCCAUGUUGCCUUCUUCAAGAUAGGGAACUAGCAUUAGUUGAAGAUUUACAGAUAAUUUUAAAUCAAGGUGACUUUAGUUCAUUUCAAAACUUCAAAGAAUAUUGAAAAGCAAACAAUUUGAGUCUAAUUCAUCACUCUUUGAAUCCAAAAGAAAAUAAAUCAGAAUUCUACCAAAUUAUUUGAGGAAUUUUAUUCACUCCAUCUCCUAGGCUAUAGAGCAAAUUUUUCUGCUCGCUAAUAAGAGAGGUUGACUUUUUUUAAAUUUUAUAUUAUAACGAAAUAUAAGUGAAAAAAGUCUAAUAUAAUUUAUCAAAUCUAUUUUUAAUAGAUUCAAACGACAAAAUUUAAUAUACUAGUUUACUGUAAAUAGUUCUGCUAGGGGCACUUUUUAGAUCAACCAAGAAAGCUUUGAUACAUAAAAGAAGUUCUCGUUUUGUGCAUAUAGCAAUAACUAUUAAGGUGAAGUGAUAGUUUAGGAUCGAUUUUAACUGCGAAAAAAAUUAUUUACUUUUGUUGACAAAGUAAUUUUAUCUUCAUUCAAAUUCCUCCCGCUUGGGCUCAUUGGCUUGCUUGUUUGCAUAGUAAAUCUUCAAUUAACCAAACAAGAGAAUUUGAACGAAGAUAAAAUUAAAUUGCUAGCAAAGCAAAAAAUUAGCUAAUAAAUAUUUUUCGCGGUUAAAAAUCGAUCCUGCACUCUCAUUUGCGCCUUAAUGAUAUUUGCUCUAUGCACAAAGCAAAUACUGCUUUUAUGUCUCAAAGCUUUCUUUGUAAGCCUAAAAAGCGCUCUCAGCAGAGCUAUUUACAGCAAACAAGUAUAUUUAAAACUAUUUUUCCCCUAUAACGAUGCUAAUUUACAUAAUAGGAUUUUUCUAAUGUUUUACUCGCUAAUCAAGGGAAAUCAGUAAAAUAUAUUUAGAUUAUAUGAAGCAUCCAGAUUUCGAAAUAAAAGCUUUAUAUGUAUUAUACACACUCUAUUUCACACAAAACUCUAAAAAAAUCAACAUAAAUAUCGACAUAAAAACUGCAAACUUGCUUAUCGAAAUCUCCAAAAGAGAUAAAAUUUCCCACGAAAUGAUAUCACAGCUUGCCAAAGGAGACGCUUUUUCUUUAGGCGCACUUGUAGGGCUUAAAACAAUUUUAUUAAAUAAAAGAGGCCUACCUGUCAAAAGGGAUUUAUCGAAGAUCUCUACUCUGAAUUCUGAAAUGGAAAUAUCAUUGGAAAUUCCUAUGUUUGAUUGUGAAGAGGCAAACAACUUAUCCAUGCAAUAUUCUUAUAGCAAACAAAAUAUAAUCCAACGUAUUUUCUAUAUAGUGAUUUCCGAUUAUCCUCAAUAUUUUAAAAAUGAAUCUUUGCCUGAAAACCUAUUAGCUUCUCAUUUUUCCCCAAAUAAUUUGCAGAUGCUCAGCUUAGCAACUCCAACUUUUCCAAUUAUAAUUGACAGCAAGCUUAAAUCACUUUCUAAAGAUACUUAA